AUGCACAACCAUGACACGCGCGAUGUGUACAGAGGGCGUAAGGUGACACCGUCAAUUCGGCGGGGCGAUAGAAGAAGGCCUCGGCACGCCGCGGGUGCGGUCCAAGGCCCCCGGGGAGCGACUCAAGAAGCCCACCGAGAGGGCCUGACUCACCACCCUGUGCGAUCCCGCGCGCUGGAAGCGGAUCGCCGCUCCUCGCCGGGUUCAAGAGGCGCUCGGGGACCGCAGAAAAGCGAGAACUGGCCAUUGGAAUCCCCCGAAGCGAAGAACAGAACUGUCGGCGGCGCGGAAGUCGAGGGCCGAACGGGCUCGGUCGGAGUGUCGGCGCCGAACAAGAAAGGCAAAAAGCCAACGCAGCCCAAGGAACAUCAACACUCUGACCACUCGUCGUGCGUCAUUUGUUGCGAGCCACUUGAAUACUACUCUAUCGGACGCUGCGGCCAUACACAAGUAUGUGCGGUGUGUACGAUUCGAAUGCGAGAGUUGUACGGAGACUUGAACUGCUGCAUCUGCAAAGAGGAGUUGCCGUCCGUGGUGAUCGUGUCGGCGGCGUCAAGGAGAGAUGCGGAGUCGUUCCGGGAACUCGAGUCGUCGCUGCCAAGUCAAGUCAAGUCAACGCAGUGCUUCGAACGGAGCCAAAUCGUGGUCGCCGACGCCUCCUACUAUCGACGCUGUCGAUCUUACGUUGAACUGAAGUGUCCCGCGUGCUCACCCGACUCGUCCGUGUGGACGGACAUGGCGGCGCUCAAAAAACACGUUCAGUCAGCUCACUCGAAAAGGUUUUGCGACAUCUGCUUGACGUACAGAAAGUGCUUUCCGCGAGAACAAAAGCUCUAUUCCGCGUCCGACUACCCGGCCCACCUGGACGCUGGCGAUCCCAGCAUCCACAUCGGCGGACAUCCGUCUUGCGCCUACUGUCGAGACAGAUUCUAUUCGACGGAUGAGCUCUUCAUGCACUGCGAGCAGGCGCAUUUCAAAUGCUUUUUGUGCGAAAAACAAAACAUUCUAUACAGCUACUUCAAGGACUACGAUCACUUGGAAAAACAUUUCUCUUUUCGACACUAUCUGUGCCAAGAAAAACAAUGCCUAGAAAAAAAAUUCGUCGCCUUCGACACGCAAUAUGAAUUUCAAGUCCAUUUCAUAACCACUCACGCACAGGGAUCCAAGGGGAAUUCGAAGGCCUAUCGCACCGUUCAGAUAUCAGAUCUGGGCAGGUUCAAUUCAUCCAAUCACCACGACAGACGACGAUUCAGAUCACCCCCCUACCGCCCUUCUCGCGACUCCAGCGCCCAGGGAAUACCCUCUCCAGCGCCCAUCUUCUAUCCAGACGAUAAACCCUAUGCUCUCCAAGUCCAGGACAAUCACUCCGGAUUCAAUUUGAACUUGUCAGCGAACAUUAACGAACCUGUCAAACCCUCCUCGACCUCCAGUCCGUCCACCCCCGUCCAACAGUCCCGCGAAGAAAGAGGCAAACUUGUCGUUUCCGUCAUCAAAGACUUCCUAAAGGACGACCAAAAAUUCUGCUCUUUUCGACAACUAAGUUCCAAAUUCCGCCAAGGACUAAUCGACCCGUCUGACUACUAUCGUCAAUUCAGACAAACUUUCGGCAAUGGCGAUCGAGCCAACCACAUCUUCUUCGAAAUCGCCGAAUCUCUGCCAAACGAACAAAAAAGAUCCGAUCUCUUUGCCAUUCACCACCAGUAUCUCUCCCUCGAGGAUAACUUCCCAUCCCUUCCUAACCGCUCAUCACUCCCACCAUCAUGCUCUCGUAAAAAACACACACGGCCAUCUCAGCCCCCAAACACCGACUUCUCAGCUGUCAUCACUCCCCCCCUCAACACGCUCUGUCUCACUCCUCCCACUUCGUCCAACCGUCCCAUCGCCGUGAGCGACCCAGAUGAAUUCCCGUCCCUCCCCUCCCGUUCACCCAGAAGCACUCCCCAUUACCACUCCUCGCGAACUUCUAGCUCGAGCGCCAGAAAAAAAUCCGCUCUGCCUCGGCAAUAA